AUGAGUUACCAUAAACGAAACGAAGAAAUAGCCGAGAUUGGCUUAUUCUAUCACAUCGACAAGACGGCAGUCUUGCAAGAAGCUCGUGUUUUCAACGAUUCACACAUUAAUGCGAGAAAGUGCCGUCUUCUUUUGACAAAGAUUAUUUACCUUUUGUACACCAGUGAAUCCUUCAACGUGAAAGAGGCAACUGAGCUUUUCUUCAAUGUCAUCAAGCUUUUUCAAUCCAAAGACACAUCUUUACGCCAAUUGAUGUACCUUGUCAUCAAGGAAUUGUCUGGCAUUGCUGAAGAUGUCAUCAUGGUCACACAGUCUUUGAUAAAAGAUAUUCAGUCCAAGCAAGAAACAGUUUAUAGAGCGAACGCGAUUCGUGCCUUGUGCCUCAUUACUGAUCCUUCCAUGAUUCAAGGUAUUGAGCGUAUUUUAAAGGCUUCCAUUGUUGACAAAACACCUUCCGUAUCCUCUGCUGCUCUUGUAUCCUCCUAUCACCUCUUUAAAAUCGCCAAGGAUAUAGUAAAGCGUUGGUCAAAUGAAGUUCAAGAGGCCAUCCAUCAGAAAGCUUCAAACUCGGGUUUUUCUUCAGUUGCUUCCAACUAUUUCUCGGGAGGACAAAAAAACUCUCAAGUCAUCCAAUCCACCAGCAAUAUCAAUCAAUACCAUGCUAUCAGUUUACUUUAUUUAAUCCGUCAACAUGAUCGUAUGGCUAUUGCUAAAUUAGUACAGACUUUUGCUGGCUCUCGCUCCAGCGGAGGAGGCUUCUUCGGCGGAGCCAACUCUGGCGGCACCUUGAAAAAUCCUGCUGCUAUUUGUAUGUUGAUCCGAUUCGCAAGUAAAGUCAUCGAAGACGAUCCCAGCUCAACGCGCCAAAUUUAUGAGAUUUUGGAAGGAUUCUUGCGACAUAAGAGCGAUAUGGUCAACUUGGAAGCAGCUCGUGCUAUUUGUGACAUUCCUGACAUUCCAGCAAAAGAGCUUCAUCCUGCGGUCUCUGUAUUACAGUUGUUUUUGUCAUCACCCAAACCUACCGUUCGCUUCGCAGCUAUCCGUACUCUCAACAAAUUAUCUCUUGAUAACCCCACAGCGGUUGCCUCAUGCAAUCUCGAUAUCGAAAACUUGAUCUCCGAUCAAAACCGUAGUAUCGCUACGUUUGCCAUUACCACUUUAUUGAAAACAGGCAAUGAGGCUUCUGUGGAUCGAUUAAUGAAACAGAUAAGUGGAUUCAUGGGCGAUAUUUCUGAUGAAUUCAAGGUGAUUGUCGUGGAGGCCAUACGUUCUUUGUGUCUCAAGUUCCCCUCAAAGCACAGCGUCAUGCUAAGCUUCCUCAGUGGUGUCUUGCGUGAUGAAGGUGGCUACAACUUCAAAAAGGCAGUAGUGGAAGCCAUUUUUGAUAUGGUGAAGCAUAUUCCUGAAUCGAAAAAUGUAGCACUUUCUCACUUGUGUGAAUUCAUUGAAGAUUGUGAAUUUACGAAACUUUCCGUACGCGUGCUCUAUUUGCUGGGACAGGAAGGGCCUAAAACGCCUACGCCUACAAAGUACAUUCGUUAUAUUUAUAACCGCGUUAUUCUCGAGAAUUCCAUUGUUCGUGCGGCUGCUGUGAGUGCACUCGGCAAAUUCGGCUUCUACUGCUCCGAUCCUUCUGUGAAGAAGAGUGUUCAUGUAUUAUUAGACCGCUGUUUAGACGAUGUGGAUGAUGAAGUGCGAGAUCGUGCUACACUCUAUCUGGCCAUGUUGAAUGAUGAGCCUCUUGCUAAAAAAUAUGCUGCUGAUGAGGCCACAUUUGCUCUCGCAACAUUGGAACGUCAGUUAGUCGAAUAUGUGAGUGCUGAAGACAACAGUAAACAAUUCAAUCUCGAUGCUAUUCCAGUGAUCAGUAAGAAGCAAGAAGAAGAAGAGCGUCGCCGUAAUCGUGUCGAAACUACCACUUUAUUACCCGCUGAAAAGAAGAACGGAAAGACGACAGCAUCCAAAAAGGAUAAGACAUCUUCUUCAUCCACUUCUCACUUUGAUCGACAAGCUCAAUAUGCUGAGAAAUUAUCUGCAGUGGCAGAAUUCGCAUCUUUCGGUGCAUUAUUUAAAUCAAGUGAACCUGUUCAAUUAACGGAAAGCGAAACCGAAUACGUCGUUGAAUGCAUUAAACAUACUUUUGCAAAACAUAUUGUUUUCCAAUUCAAUUGUACAAAUACACUCAACGAACAAGUUUUGGAAAAUGUGCAUAUGGUCAUGCAGCCUGAAAUCGAUGGUUUAGUUCAAGUAGCCGAAAUUCCUGCUGAAAAGUUGGAAUAUGAUGUUACAAAUGUCAUUUACGUCGCUUUUGAACAGGAAGACCCUGAAGAGCUUGCUAAUGUUUCAUUCACAAAUACACUCCAGUUCGAAGUCAAGGAUUGCGAUCCUGCAACAGGGGAAGCCGAUCCCGAGGGCUACGAGGAUGAAUAUCAAGUUGAAGAUAUCGACGUCCUAACAAGUGACUAUAUUCGUCCCGAUUACAUAUCGAACUUUGCUGAAACAUUCGAGAGCUUGGCAGAAAAUGAAGUAGUGGAGGCUUUUGCAUUGGAUAGGGAGAAAGCCCCCAAUCUUAAAGUUGCUUGUAAAUCUAUAAUCGACCUAUUGAGCAUGCAACCAUUAGAUGACAGUGAUAAACCAAAGAAUAACAAUCUACAUACCUUAUACUUAUCGGGAACAUUCUUAGAUGGAUCAAAAGUACUAUGUAAAUGUAGAAUGACUUUUAAUGCGUCUGCUGGCGUUGCAUUCGAAUUAGCAGUUAGAAGUGAAAAUAUGGAUGUGUCACAAAUUGUUCUUUUAGCCAUUUCAUAA